AUGGAUGGAGAGAUAAAGAAAUGACAGUUGGUUGGUUAGGAAUGGCGCAGGGCUUAUCCUGGGAAAACAGCACAUAGUCAUGAUUCCAAGUUGAGAGGAAGCAGAGUGAAGAAGCAGCAUUGAAAUUACAAGUUAGAAAUGCACUCGCUAUCUCACUCUCACAGCUUCCUACGCCCACUUGCAUCGUUUCCCUCUUCUUCCGCUCAUCGCACUUCCUACCUCACUCUUCACUCAUCCUCUUCAUCUUUCAUCAGCUCGGCUAUCUAUCGCACCCAUGCACCUUCAACAACCCCUAACAAACUUCGGGGUACAAGGGUAAUUCCAUCUGACAGUUACAACGGUUCCCAUUGGGAAUGUCAGUCAUCCCCGCCACACCGUGCUGACGUGGCUCCUUCUGAGAUUGACACCGAUGAUGGUUCAUCCAAGGGGCAUCUCAAGUUUCUACUCCUGUUUGGGUUCCUCGCACUUGGGGACUCUUACCCUGCAUUUGCCGCUUCAGAUUCCUUUCCUUUCUUCCAUGAUUUUGGUGACUUAAGCACAGGUUUUGCUUCAGCAUUUCUGUUAAUCUUUUUCUCUGAGCUGGGAGACAAGACUUUUUUCAUUGCAGCACUCUUGGCAGCUAGGAAUUCAGGUGUUGUUGUUUUCAUUGGCACAUUUGGCGCACUUGCUGCAAUGACUCUCAUAUCAGUUGUCCUUGGCCGAACUUUUCACUAUGUUGAUGAAAUCUUGCCCUUCAGGUUUGGUGAGACUGAUUUACCUGUUGAUGACAUUGCUGCUGUUUGCUUGUUGCUGUACUUUGGAGUCUCUACUCUCGUGGAUGCAUCAUCAAGCGAUGGCCAGAAAUCAGAUGAUGAGCAGAAGGAGGCCGAGUUAGCAGUUUCAGAGUUUUCUGGAAAUGGUGCUGGGAUAUUAGCAGCUGCUGGCACAGUUGUCAGUACUUUCCUCUUAGUUUUUGUUGCUGAAUGGGGUGAUAAAUCAUUUUUCUCCACAAUUGAUCCCCCCCUACUAUUCAGCCCUUGCAGCAGCUUCUUCACCUCUUGGAGUCAUAGGGGGAGCGCUAGCUGGUCACGGCGCUGCAACUUUGCUUGCUGUACUUGGGGGCUCUCUACUCGGGACAUUUUUGUCAGAGAAGGUUAUUUCCUACAUUGGAGGUGUUCUCUUUCUCGUCUUUGCUGCAGUGACCCUAUUUGAAAUUGUGCAAUAGAGGAUAAAAGCGCAAUGUAAGCUCAUUACAAAGCCAUCAAGAACGCACUUGUCUCCAGUGUUUUAUACUUUUGUCGGAACUUCUUUUAGAACUCAUCUUAAUUGCGGCUAAAAAUCUUAGUAUCCGAUCCAUCAAUAAGUGUGUUACGUAUCAUUAUCUUUUGUAGAAAUUGUUCAUCUUCCUUUAUGUGUAGUCCUCUUAAAUUUAAGAUCUCUUAUGUUUAUUUUUCAAGUGAAAUGUUAAUUACUUAUUACAAAACACAUUCUUUAAUUGUUGUGGAUAUUGUAUAUUGAGAUUUUUAUAGAUUAGUUCCAUCAA